UCCCGUGGUCAGCCCUGGGGCUCGGAGGCAGCGAUGCUCCCUGGGAGGGUGGCUCCUUCCUCGGCAGGAGCUGCAGGGAAUUCAGGGAGGAAUCGGUGAAGCUGAGGAAGGAGGAACCAGUCUCGGGUUUAGGAUGUUGCUAGUGCAGAAUUACUCCAAGAUGUUUCUUCCCGUUCAACUGAACCAGUCGACUGUUUUCCCCAGUGACUGCUCAUGUCUUGUUUUCUUUAAGAGAAUGGUGAGGUCGUUGUAUAUCAUGAUCUGUUAUUUCUCCACAGCCGGACACAAGCAGCUCUUUAAGAGAAACCUGGAAGAUGAUUUUGGUGGAAGAAUGUAGUUAGAGCAGAAUGUGCUGUUCCAAAAAACCACCGAGAGAAAAGUUGGAUUUCAAACCUAAGCUUUUUUUUAACUCAAUCAUAUUUUAAAGUCCCCUUUUCUGCUGAUGAAUUCCCUUUAGUAGGGAAAUGGUCUCCAGGAAAGGAUGUAAAAUGUCAGUCGUGUUAAUCCAGGCUUGUUUCUAUUUCAGCUGUAAAAUCAGAGGAAAAAUAUAGGUUGGAAGGGACUCGUGGAGGUCAUCUGUUCCACAUGGCAUUGCUGCAGCUCCAGCAUCGUGGAAACACACAAAUGAGCUUUCUUUUGUGAGCUACAACACGGGUGUUUUGUAAAGUUGGUUGCUAUUAGCUCUUCCUUUAAAGGUGAGCAGGGGUUGGGUUGGUGCUGGCUGCCAGCAGCAGGCUGGAGCCUGGGGUUCAAGCAUGUCUUGAUCUUCUCAUUGCAGUGGUGUCUGUCCAGCACUAAAUACUCCCCACACUGUGCAGCAGCGAGUGCUCCUGCCCUGGGAUCAAUGGGCUCUGUGAAGGAAAUGAUAAUCAAUUUCAUGUGCUAAUUGUAAUGCUUCCUCUCACUAGCAGAGCACAUCGUGCACUCCUGAUUUCAGAGCCGGGGUUUAAGCCGUUGCCGUGAAAGGGAACGUCUCAGUUGCAGUUGUGGGUAAAAGAAAGGAAGAACCUUCUGAUUGCAGGCUGUUUACUGGAACUGUGCUCCUGUCUGCUGGCAAAGAGCUUUUCUAGCCCCAGAAUGACCCAGCUGCUGCCUGGCCUGGCCUCUUCACAGCCUUAGUCUGUCACAGCCACCGCUGGUGGAAGAAUCCGAGGCCGUUAUCGUGCAGUGCAGGGCGGGCAGCCUCUGAUUUGCCAUCCCAUCAUUCCCACCUGCCAAGCUGUCUGAUAUGUCGGGACCCGUGCCGAGCAGGGCCAGAGUCUACACGGAUGUGAACACACACAGACCCCGGGAGUACUGGGACUAUGAGUCGCACGUUGUCGAGUGGGGGAAUCAAGAUGACUACCAGCUAGUUCGGAAAUUAGGCCGAGGCAAAUACAGUGAAGUGUUUGAAGCCAUCAACAUCACAAAUAAUGAAAAAGUAGUUGUUAAAAUUCUCAAGCCUGUUAAAAAGAAGAAAAUCAAGCGUGAAAUCAAGAUCUUAGAGAACUUGCGGGGCGGCCCCAACAUCAUCACCCUUGCAGAUAUAGUAAAAGAUCCUGUGUCUCGGACACCCGCUUUGGUUUUUGAACAUGUAAACAACACAGACUUUAAGCAAUUGUACCAGACAUUAACAGAUUAUGAUAUUCGAUUCUACAUGUAUGAGAUUUUGAAGGCUCUAGAUUACUGCCAUAGCAUGGGAAUCAUGCACAGAGAUGUCAAACCUCACAACGUCAUGAUUGACCACGAGCACAGAAAGCUUAGACUAAUAGACUGGGGUUUGGCUGAAUUCUACCACCCUGGCCAAGAGUACAAUGUCAGAGUGGCUUCCAGAUAUUUCAAAGGACCUGAACUCCUUGUAGAUUAUCAGAUGUAUGAUUACAGUCUGGACAUGUGGAGCUUGGGUUGCAUGUUGGCUAGUAUGAUAUUCCGAAAGGAGCCCUUUUUCCAUGGCCAUGACAACUAUGAUCAGCUGGUGAGGAUAGCCAAGGUGCUGGGAACAGAAGAUCUCUACGACUACAUCGACAAGUACAACAUCGAGCUGGACCCACGUUUCAAUGACAUCUUGGGCAGACACUCCCGUAAGCGAUGGGAGCGCUUCGUUCACAGCGAGAACCAGCAUCUGGUGAGUCCAGAAGCUCUGGAUUUCUUAGACAAGCUGUUGCGAUACGAUCACCAGUCACGACUCACAGCGAGAGAAGCCAUGGAACACCCCUACUUCUAUCCCAUCGUGAAAGACCAGGCUCGGAUGGGCUCCUCCAACAUGCCGGGUGGCAGCACUCCCGUCAGCAGUGCGAGUAUGAUGUCAGGGAUUUCCUCAGUGCCAACACCCUCACCCCUGGGACCUCUCGCAGGCUCGCCCGUCAUCUCUGCCACCACCACGCUGGGGAUGCCCGUUCCGGCUGCUGCAGGCGCUCAGCAGUAGUGAGGGGCCCCUGGCUCCUGCGGCCUGCGCUGGGUCAGGUGGGGAAGAGGUUCCCCCCCCCUGCUCAGGAGGCAGCUCGUGCCUGGCAGGGGGAGGGAGGGGAUGAACGCUUUGGAGGCACCGUGUCUGAACUGUUGCUUGUGGAUUUAUAGUAGUUCAGUCAUUAUAUACAAAAUUAUUAUAGGCUGAUUUUUCUUUUUUUACUUGAACUUUUUCGUAACUCAGGGGAUUCCCUGAAAGUACCCACAGAUGGAAUAUUUCUUGGACAGUUGUUCCCUCCCCUCCCCAUCCUCCCCUCCCCAAAAAAAAUACUCAUUUAAGAACAAAAGAUCGAAUCAACAGCAUUUCCUUGCAUCCUACUGGAAAUCUCUUCAUGUUCCCACCAUUCCUCCUCCACGAGCCUCCAUCCUGGAGGAUUGUGCUGCUCUCCAGAACCAAACCAAGUCUUUGUGGGGCAGGGGAGGGGGAUUCUUGAAGUACCGCUCACUUGAACCCCAUGUCCUGCCUGUCACCCAGCCAGGGUCCACUGAGGAGACAAUUCCAGUAUGGAGAGGUGGGAUAAAGCUUAAAAGGAGUGAGUGCAGAUAAUGUUUGAAACCCUAAUUGGACUGAAUCACGUCUCCUUAGGAGCCAACCAGAAUGCCAACUCACCCCCCUGCAUGUCAUUUUAGUCUUAAAAGAUGAAGUUUCUGCUCACUGGGAGUCCUGGGCAGCUCCGAGGCCGGGCUCCCCCCUGGAGCUCCCUCUUCCCGGGCUCUGGAUCUCUGGAAUUACUUUGUUAUUUGGGUAUCUUUUGUUUUUUUGUUUUUUUUUUUUAAAUCGUUUCUCUAGGUUUCAAGCUGGUGGCUACUUAAAGCUGGAAAACUCAGACUGCGCCAAGUCCGCUCCCACAUCUUCACCCCCAUCCCCUCCCUCCCGUGCCAUGUGGUGAGAAUGCAGUUACCUCACAGUCCUGUACAUACGCACUGAGAGGACGGAGUUACCUUAACCCGGAAUGGUAGAUCAGUAAUUGUGGACAACUCUUUAUCAUUGACAACGGAAACAGCACCCUCGUUACAGCCCCGCGCCCCCUUGCUGUGUAUAUAUACUUUGUCCUUCAUAUGUGAAAGAUCCAGUGUUGGAAUUCUUUGGUGUAAAUAAACAUUUGGUUUUA